CAGUUGGUUAAGCUUAUCUUCACAGAUGGUAGUGAUACAUGCUAAGGCGUUAUUAUAGUGCGAAAUAGUUAAAACAGUAACAGUAUUAAUGAAUUUGCUUAUAUAACUCUUUAUACAGUGUUCAUUUACUUAUUUCGUAAAGAUUAAAAGCGCAUUUCCUCGAGUUUUGGUGCGUUAAAUGGAGGAGAAGAAGGAAGACGGAGACUCGGAGAUACAGGAACACGGACCCGAGCACUGGUUCUCAAAAUGGGAGCGGCAGUGUUUGGCCGAAGCGGAGCAGAGAGAGCCGAGCGAGGAGGAGGCCGACAACGAUCAGGAUAAACUGUGGCAUCUUUUCCAGAACUCCGCCACUGCUGUGGCACAGUUAUACAAAGACAGAGUAUGCCAUCAGCAGGGCCUGUCAUUGUGGGUGCCAUUUCAGAAUGCUGCCACAGCAGUUACCAACCUCUACAAAGAGAGUGUGGAGGCCCAUCAGAGAAGUUUUGAUCGGGGCAUCCAAAUAGGCCACCAACGCCGUAAUAAGGACAUGUUGGCCUGGGUGAAAAAGCGCCGGAGAACCAUUCGUAGGGAGGAUCUCAUCAGCUUUCUGUGCGGCAAAGCACCACCACACAGGAGUAGCAGGGCCAACACCCGGCUGGCCAUGGUAGCCCCUAGUCGGGCUAAUUCACCAGCUGAGACGGGCUCAUCUGUGGAAGCAGACCUCCAGCCCUUCAGGGAGGCCAUAGCACUGCAUGGUCUAAGUGGAGCCAUGGCAAGUAUCAGUGUGCGCUCCGGUGCUCCUGGUUCUCCCACACAUGUGAGUGGGAGCAGCAGUAACGGAAGCGGUGCUGGUGGAGGUGGUUCUUCUGGCUCGGGGCCCGUGUGCCGCAGCAGGCGUAAUGGGCUUCAAGACGUCGACCUGAACACUUUCAUCUCAGAGGAGAUGGCACUGCAUCUGGACUCUACAGGCUCUGCCUCAGCUGGAGGGGGAGGAACCAGGAAACGAAACUCCACCCAGUGUAGUGAUGUCAUCACAGACUCCCCAACGCACAAACGCAACAGGAUGAUCUGAUCCGCUGCCUGCCUAUGUGUAUGAGAGUGUGGGGUGGGGCGGGGGGGGCCUUCAAAGCCAAGGUGAGGAGAGGGGGAUGGAUGGGCUUAUGUGGGACAGACAGACUUUUCAGAUGCCUGGCUGUGCAAAAGAACCCGGGCUGAAAAUGAAAAGGGGGACUGAAGGUUCUCAGUUCAGUCUAAUCAGAUGUUGGAUGAAUUCUUUUCCUUGUCUCCUUUUCUGACACCAUUACUACAAAUCACUGCUCUGCAAUCAGAACACUUUGUGUGAGUGUGCGAGAGACUGGGAAGUCUGGACGACAUCUCACACUCCUCAGACAUCGCUGCCCUGGAAAGGAGACAACGAAGGAACCAACUCAUUCUGAGACGCAAACAGUUCUCAAAGGGGCGAACACGCACUGUGCUGCUUUACAAGUAAAAGCCACUUGAUCCUUGACACAUUUGUGCCCUUCCCUCCCUUAACCUCACUCAUCCUCACCCACCACCUUAAUAAGGAAGUGAGGGCCAUGAUCAAAUCGUCUCACUCAGUGAAUUGAGUUGCUCGCCAAAUGUUGGACCCAGCUCAGUCAGAGACUCACCUCUGCGUCAAACAACCCAACUGUUCUUUCUGUUACUUCAUCAUCGCAGCUCUUAGUUGACGUUGCCUGUCAGUGGUGGAGCUAAAUCGCCCAGUAGGAGUACAUCUGUGGCAUUAUCCUGCCUCAACUGCCACUUGUAACCAGUUACAUUUCUCUGGUUACUAGGCUGAUGGCAUGUUAACUACCAAUAGCAGGCUAUUGAUGUUUGGAUAUUUAGACCUUAUUCUCUGCUAACGACUUUGCUUCAACAGUGGUUUGAUUUAGUUCAGCCAGUCGCCCUUUUUUUUUUCCCCAACCACCAGUGUUAAAAUUCUUGGUUUGUUGCUGCGGUUUGCAGCAGUAAUAGCCAAGUUAAUUUUGCAUUCUUCUUCACCUUGUUUUUCUCCCUCUUUUUUUGUUAUUGUUGUUCAGGAUAAUGGAAAGGAAAAAAGUUUUUGUCUCAUAAAGCUUCUCAGACAGCCCGUUUGCUGACUGUGAUGCCCUCUUCCCCCUUUACCCUAUACUUAAUACAAAAGCAGCUGCUGUUUUAUGUGAUCGUGUGAUUAUUCUGAUGAGUUGCAAUAAGGAUUUUUGCACUUAGCUUUCACUUCCAACUCAUGCAAACAAAUCGGCUCUUCCAUUGUAUCCCAGUUGUAGCCUUGUCCAGCCCUAAACAGGUCCACACAUUACUUACAGGUUGGUGCUUAGAAAAAGUAAACACUUGACUAGAAAAGGAGCUCUCGCACACACCUCUAGUUCCGACAACUCUUCAGAAGCGUUUGAUCAAGUUGUGGAGCAUUUCUGCGUGUGGGCUCGACUUGUAUUCAGAGACUCCCGAGUCCUUUCCUGUCUGACAAAUAAUUUAACUUAUUGGAUGAUAAUCGGUGCUGUAAAGAAAGCAUAAAUCACAGAAAUGUUCUUACAAAGGUAGUGUUUCUCAACAGACCUAUCAGACAUGCCAACCAGUGCACACAAGUCACUGGAUGAUCGGGCUACAGUGUUGGAUUGGAUGUUGGGGAAAGUGUCUGCUUUUUGUAUGAGGGGCGCGUGCAUUAAAAAGACGUGAAUGGGUUUGGGGUUUUUUUUUGUUUUUUUUUUUUUUACUUGGUACAGGAUGAUGCAACUCGGGGCUUGUUUCAUUCUUGAAAUAGUUGUUGCCUUCCAUCCUUCUGUAAGGGAGUAGAGCAGGAGACACUGAAAUCACAUGAGUCAAAAAUGUGGGUAUAGUUAGCAAUUUGUAAAAAAUAAUGUGAACUGGUAAUGUGCUGUCUUUUUUGGCUUUUUCUAGGAUAUUAACACAAGAUUAUUGGAGUUAAAUCUGAACUUGUUUAUGAGUGUAGUACACUCAGUUGUUGGAAUAUGCUUUCAUUUAGCAUAGGAAGCUAACAAAAUGUAAAUUAUUUUAAAAACUGUUGAGUUGUCUAGUUACUAAACCAAUUUUGGAUAUUUCCAGUGAUGCUCUGACGUAUUAGUGGUACAGUAAGUUGUCAUUGAGCUGACUGGGGUGUAAGACUCAACUUUGCCUGUAAAUACCCGCUGUAGCUGACUUGUGAGAUGUCAGUGUUUCCUUCUCUUUUUCCCAGUUUUUGUUGACUUGUUCACUCCCCUUCACCUCUAUAACCUGGAAAGUAGGUUUUCUUUAGUUGUAUAAAGCAUGCCAGUUUUUAACUUCUGUUACACUUUGGUCACAGAUUUCAUUUCUUUUUUUGCAUAUAGGUUGGCUUUUAUAUUCAUACAUGAUCACUGGCAAGUCAGGUCAGUGAAAGAAAAGAACCAGGUUGACAUAUGUUGAUUCUGUCAAAAUGAAGAGCUCUGUGUUUUAAAGUUGGUUCUUUCGUAUGAGUUGGGGGGAAAAAAUGAAUGAGAAUGAAAAUGUAAACUUCACACUGGGGAAACGUGAGAUUUGAUUUGUCCACAGAGCCUCUGAUUACUGUGAAGGAAGGCUGACAAGUAAUCAGUGUCGAAGCUGUUUGGCUCUUGGUUUAAAUAUAUAUCUUUUGGGGGGGGGAGCGAGAAAAACAACAAUCUCAUGUAAGUUCUGGGUAGCUUCAGCUCCAAUGAUUAAUAUAACAUAGGAAGGAUCCAUGUUUCUUGAAUAAGAACUGGAAUCCUCAUGGCAGAACACAGUGAUAGCGGGCUGACAAGAGGAGUGGAGACGGAGUGAAUCCUAAGGACUGACCUGACUGCCUGUCUACACGCUCUUCGUUAAAUCAGAGGAAUGCAUUUAGAAUAUUUUAGUUGUUUUCCUUCUCCAGACACUUUACUCAUUGUUGUGUGUCUGACACUCCACAUUGGCAUUGGUAGCAUUACUGACUGAAACCAAAUUGUGCGUUUAGCUGCAACUUAGCUCUAACCUCCCAGUGUUUCUGUUGCAUGACAACAUUUAAAGGGAAGAUGAGAAGACGUGUCCGCUGACAGGAAAAAGAAACUACAAUUGAGACUAUCAAAGGACAGUUUUUCCAAAGGCUAGACUAAAGAGUUGGCUACGAGCAGGGUGGUGCUGUCUCUCCAAGCCCACUGUUCAACCUGCAACAUUGAACCCACCCCCACACCACUGAUUAGCCUGGUUAUAAUAGAGGGGGGCACUUUGCGUUUUUCUUUUCUUCCCCUGAGCCAGUCGCAGGCCUUCAUCCACAUUGUUUCAAAAGGCUGACUCAUGCCACGUGUCUCUGGAGCCAACACUAUUAUUAGCUGUUUCUUGAUACUUAUUUGUUUAAAAAGUAAUAAAUGGCUAAUCUAUAUACUUAACAUUUAAUUGUUGGUAUGAUAUAUGUGGUUCACAUUGUAAAAGAAAUAAAACCAUUGAGUUGCAAUUGGAUGGACUAUGUUUCAUUAAAAAAGGAAAAUGUUA